UCGCAAUUAUGUCAUAUAUCUAGAGAGGGAAAGUAAAUAUAUCUAGAGAGAGAAAAAUAAGUGUACUUUUUUUUGCAAAAUGGUGAGAAUGUUGGAAGCAUGGAAGCAUAUCAAAGGCCUAGAAUGGCGGCAACCAUUUCCUCUCUAAUCUUCUCUAUUUAUUAAAUCCCUUUUUUCUUACAAAAAACCCAAUUUCUCAAACACUCAGAAAAAAAAUCCUAAACAAUUUUCAUUCUUCUAUAAAAGAAAUUUCCUAGUUUCCUUUUAUAGAAACUAAAAAAACAGGGAAUUUUUUUUCCAACAAGAAAAAAAAUAACAAUCUGGUUAUAGUAUUUACUUUUCUAUCUUUAAAAGCAUGAAGAAUAAUACUGAAAAUGGUAAUGAGAGUGGAGUUUCAAGGAAGAAAUUCCAAGAAAAUGAACAAGUUGUUGUAGUGGAGUUGGGUCUGAAACUGCAUCAGCAGCAACAGCAAGAUCAGGACCGUUCAUUUCUGUACAAUGAAACAAGAAGAUCUGAUCAUCAUGAUCAUGAUUAUGAUUAUCAUCACAGUGAUGAAAACAGUGGGCCCAGAUGUAAUGUGUACAACAACAAUCUGAUGAUGAUGAGUCCACAUAUAUACAGUUGUAGUCCUGUUGUAGCUGAUAAUUCCCCUUCCUCUGUUCAUUCUUCUUCUACAACUACAACUUCAACUUCAACUGCUGCUGGUUUUGUAAGAGGUUUGCAGCCUUUGGAUGUUUCUUCUUCAUAUUACAACACUUCUUCUCCUGCAAUUGCAAAUCCUUUCUUCAGAAACUCAGGUGGUAUGGCUACAGCAGCAAUGGGGUUUCCAUUUACAGCAGCACAGUGGAAAGAAUUGGAGAGACAAGCAAUGAUUUACAAGUACAUGAUGGCAUCUCUUCCUGUUCCUCCUGAUCUUCUCUAUUCCUCAUUUCCCACUCAUUUAUCUCCUCCUUCCACUUUUACCCCUGCCUCCUAUUUUAUGGGAAAGUAUGGGGGUGGACUUAGCAUGAGAUGGGGUGGAAAUAGUAAAGAUGCAGAGCCAGGGAGGUGUAGAAGAACAGAUGGGAAGAAAUGGAGGUGCUCAAGGGAUGUGGCGCCUAACCAAAAGUACUGUGAGCGUCACAUGCAUAGAGGACGUCCCCGUUCAAGAAAGCAUGUGGAACAACAACUUCAACAACAACAACAACAACAACAACAACAACAACAUUCUCUCUCCAGUUUUUCUAACAACAAUAAACAAAAAGACAAUGUUACCCCUACCAAGAAGACUCGAUUGAGUGAUGAUGUCUCCUCUCUAAACCCACCUCAAUGUGUUGGAUCAUCAUCUAAAGUUUCAGUCUUUGAUCAUCCCUUGGUUUCUCCUGCUAACCCUUUUGAGGAUUCCAGGAAUUUGGGUUGGAAUGAUGAACAACAAUGGAGUCAAUUGGUGCACACAAACAUGAAUUCUUCUGUUUUUCAGCAACAAUUUGAAGGGGAGCCCUUGAGUUUGAACUCCCAUACUGGUUACAAUCAUAAAUCUGGUGAAAUGGGCUUGUUAGAAAGGCCUUUAAUUGAUGCUUGGUCAAUGGGUGUAGCAGGAAAUAAUGAAAACAAUGGUAGGGAUUCAUCCUCAAAUAAUGGAGGUAAUUCCAAUGUUAUUGAUGAGGAGAUGUGUCAAAUCCACAUGGGCCUUGGGCUUAUUGACUCAUGGGUUUCUACUUCCACCACACCCGGUGGGCCGUUGGCCGAAGUUCUGAGACCCGGUAAUCUGACAAUGUCUGAUGUCAGUGAGGUUGAGUUUAUCACUCCACCGGCGACUGCAGUCUCGUCGCCUUCCGGUGUUCUUCAGAAAACUCUUGCUUCAUUUUCUGAUAGCAGUGAGAACAAUAGCCCUACUACUACUACAUGCCAUAACUCGAAGGCGAACUCUGAUAUGCCAUUCCACUGGUUGAACUAGUAUGCUUGUUUUUUUUUCUCUUGAAGUUAGUUGUUUGAAGCUUCAAAGAGAGUUUAGUAGAUGAGGGGUGAUCCAGGAUUAGUUGGAUGUUUCCUGCAACUAAUCAGCUGGAAAUUUUGUAUGCUUUUUUAAAUUUAAUUUGUUCUUGAAUGUUUUUUGAUGUGUAUGAAUUCCAACUUGUGUAGAACUUGGGAGUUUGGUGGCAGAAAGAGUGCAAAUGAUGUGAAUUAUGAUUUA